AUGCGAAAGCUACACCAGCAAGAGGACUGCAAGGAGCAAAGCAUCUUGCAGCUUGGGGUGGCCGUGAACGUUGUGCAGGACUUGGGUUGCAGCUUGCCAUCAAUUGCGGACCUUUCCGUGCCGGUGGUGGUGGGCCCGAACUCAAAAUCCAAUGUAAGCAGUUUGGCCAUGCGCGGUGCCCUUGUUGGCCUUGCCGGAGCAGUAAAAGACAUGCCGCGGGGUCCGGCAGGCAGUGGCUACAACGACGAGCCGGCCACAAAUUCGAAGCUCCAGCCGCAGCAGCUGCCUACGUUGCUUCACUCCCCUCGAAAGGCUUCACCUUCAAAGCCAAAGAAGCAGCCAGCCUUCCAAGGCGUUGCAGAAGUCAGCUGGGAAAGAUUUCUGCCGGACUAUAACUCGAAGCUUGGCACCGGCGCCUAUGGUGGCGUUUAUUCUGUGCAAGGCAAUCCGGACCAGGUGGUCAAACUUUUUGAUCGGGGCGAUUGGAAAGAUGUGAUGAAGGAGUCGGUGUUUGCGCAGGACAUGAAGGCCCGGGAUCCCUCACACUACGUGGACUGUCUCGGAGUUGGCAAUACGCCAGAAGACGAUGGCAACAAGCUUUUUGCUGUCUUCGAGCGGGCCGCAGGCAUUACCCUUCAUUCUGCAGCACACCGAUUUCACUCUGGAGAUGGAGUAAGCCACGUCCGCCAGGCUUUAGACAUCCUGGAGCAGUUGACGAGCAUCAUGAUCAGCAUGACCAAACCAGAUCCUGAGGGGCAGCUUCAUUUCCAUCUUGACCUGAAGCCCGAGAACAUCAUGAUAGCCAAAGCCUCUGCAAAGGAGCACGCACAAGAGUUCCAGGUGACGUUGAUUGACUAUGGAGUCGUGAGGACAAGCAAAGUUGGUGAUGCUGAUGUGCACGAUUCGGCCUUACAGGUUUUCCGGUGGCUGGGAUGGAUAUUUCUGUGGAUGCUAGCAUCCGAGACCUUCACCGUGGAUGAAAGUCCGGACAAGAAUCCCUGGGAGCAGUUGCCUGAAGGAUUCAAGCCCUUCUUCAAGCGCUCUGACUUCCGACCUCCGGCCUACCGCAGUGAGAAGCUCAGUCCGCAGAUUCUGCAGGAUGCGCUGGAAGAAGGUUUCUAUACUCAGGUAAUGUCAUCGGCAUUCCGCAAGCAGUGGAAGUCUCCCGACAAGGCAAAGAAGAAGAUCGGACAAAUCUUGGGCGACUUGUUUCAUGGUGUCGCUUUGGCGAGCGAUUGCUCGGCUGACUUCAUGCCCGAUUUCCAGAAGUUCCGAAAUGAUUUCGUCGAGCUUCGUCAGCUGGCGAAGAGUGAAUAG